AUGCGGCAUCGGUGGGCGCUAGGCGGCGUGGUGGUCGGCGUUGGCGUCGUGUGCGGCGAGGGCGACACGUGCCUGGCUAGCGGGGUGACGCCAGCCGAGACCAGCACCAAGUACGCGCUGGCGUUUUGUACCAAGUUUCAAUCGUCGCGAUGCUGCCUCCCCGUCCAUGACAACAUGAUUCAACGCGAGUUCUCCAACUUGCUCGCGUCCAGCACCGUGUGUGCCGAGAUGCUCAACGUCCACAAGAGCUCGUUGUCGCAAAUCAUGUGUGCGUCGUGCAGCCCGCAGUCGCCAGCGUUCUUGUCCCGGCCGGUCGACACGGCAUUCUUCGGUGGCACCGCCACGUUUAAAGUGUGCGCGACGUUUGCCGCGGCCGUCGCCCCCACCGAGUUUGACCAGUGCGGCCUCAGUCAACAAGCGUAUCGGUUUUCGCCGUGCACGCCGACCAACCCCGUGAGCGCGACCGCGGCAUGGCCCGAUUCGUGUCGGGAUGGCAUGUACAUUUGCCAGAGUAAAGCCACCCAAGCGUUUUCGUGCCAGACGACGCCGUGCGCCGCGUCCGACGUGCCGACGGGUUUUGCGAACGCACCAUGCUCCAACUUUACGUGCACGCCCAGCUCGAUGUUCCUCAACGACAACGGCGGGGCCAAGCCCGUCUUUUACGAAGACUUUGCCGUCGAGAUCGUGCCCGACAGCGAGCAUUGCCUUGGGCCGGUAGCGGCGGACGGGUCGUCGGCCGCCGUUCGCCGCGCGGGCUGGAACUCGAUCGUUGUCGUCGUGGCGCUGGGCUCUGCCAUGCGUGGAUAA